AUGGAGGCAACUACGCCAUCCUCUGAGUCGUUUGACGCAAUAGGACUCCCUGAACCGCAGCAGCCUGAAGCCCAAGCACCACUCUUCUCUGGAGAACUUCCCAUUAUUUCUGAUGGAGUGGCUGAGAAAGAUGAUAGUUCUUCGGAUGAAUCGCACAAUGACAGCGAUGAAAAUGCGCCCAGUCAUCAACAUAUCUCUCAGCGUCGGAAGCUCCAAAAUGCGAAAUUCGAGGCCUUACUUUCUCAACGAGUGGAAGAAGACACGACCGAAGUAACCAAAUCCGCGAUCCCGAAUUUGCCGGAUGCCGAGCUCUCCACUGCUCACUUGAUAGCGAAGCAAGACCUCGGAGCCGGGCUCUUAGACCCAAGAGAAUACCAGGUGGAGCUUUUCGAAAGGGCCAAGUCACAGAAUACCAUUGCCGUUCUUGACACUGGAUCUGGGAAGACGUUGAUAGCAGUGCUAUUGCUGAAGCACAUCAUACAUGACGAGCUGAUUGACCGCGCUGCUGGAAAGUCACAUCGGAUAUCGUUCUUUCUGGUGGACAGCGUUACACUCGCAUUUCAACAGGCUGCAGUUUUGCGCAAUAACAUAGAUCAGAAUAUAGCUCACUUCUUCGGGGCCAUGGGGGUGGACCUAUGGAGCAAACAAACCUGGGACGAGCACUUCGAAAAAAACAUGGUGAUAGUCUGUACGGCUGAGAUCUUGAACCAAUGCUUGCUAAACUCCUAUAUCAAAAUGGACCAGAUAAACCUGCUCAUCUUUGAUGAAGCACACCACACAAAGAAGGAUCACCCCUACGCGCGGAUCAUUCGGGAAUCAUAUCUCAGAGCAGAUCCCAUGCGGCGGCCUAGAAUCUUUGGAAUGACUGCUUCACCUAUUGACACCAAGGGUGAUAUCAUAGACGCCGCGGUGUCCCUCGAGACACUCCUGGACAGCAAGAUAGCUACCACAUCAAAACCAGAUCUGUUAAGGCAAGUUAUCAGUCGACCAGUGGAAAAGGUUUGGGCCUACGAUAGGCCGGGAGCGCCAUUUGCAACCAUGUUGUAUAAAACAAUGGAAGACAGCUUCGGCGACAUGGCAGCGCUGGAAAAGAUAUUUAGGUUUGCUCGCCUAGCAAGCUCCGAGCUUGGGAAAUGGUGCUCAGACCAAGCAUGGAUACAUGCAUUGGCUGAUGAUGUACUGCCGAAACUCGAGAACACAGUCAAUAAGUUGCUACAAUCAGGUGGCUCGUCCCAAAUUCCGGAAACUGCAUACAAGGAAAUCUCGCGGAUUAAAGAAGCCAGUGAGAUCGUGAAGAAACACACAUUUGGAAGCCCCAGUUUCCCGGGUGAAUUGAGUCCAAAAGUACAGCUCCUAUGUGAUGAACUGAAAGCAUGCUUUGGUCGCUCGGCGGAGACGAAGUGCAUAGUGUUUACAAAAAAACGCUACACAGCCAGGAUGCUGUUUGAGCUUUUCACCAAAUUGGAGAUCCCAUUCAUUCGACCUGGUGUCCUCAUAGGGGUGAGGUCUGGUGAUGUGGCAGGCAUGAAUGUGACUUUCCGACAACAAUUCCUUGCGCUGGUUAAGUUCAGGAGCGGAGAGAUAAACUGCCUGUUUGCUACUUCUGUGGCAGAAGAAGGACUCGAUAUUCCGGAUUGCAAUCUAGUUGUCAGAUUCGACUUGUACAACACACUCAUUCAGUAUGUACAGAGUCGGGGGCGUGCACGCCAUUAUCAAUCGACUUACGCGGUCAUGAUUGAAAAAUGGAACACUACUCACGAAACACUUCUGAAAGAGACUCAGGAAGCUGAAAAAAUCAUGCAAAGCUUCUGUGAGACUCUCCCCGAGGACCGCAAAUUGUAUGGCAACGACCCAGACCCAGAGUCGAUCCUUGAGAAAGAAGAGGGAAAGCGAACGUACACCAUCAGAACAACCGGGGCAAAGUUAACCUAUCAUUCAUCGGUUGCUGUACUAGCUCGCUAUGCUAGCUCUUUGCAAUAUGAAAAGGACAUCCUCGCCCAGGCAACCUAUGUCGUCCUUCCCAUGAAUAGUACCUUUGUUUGCGAGGUCAUUCUCCCGGAAAAAUCACCAAUUCGAGGGCUCACAGGCAGCCCCGAAACGAAGAAAUCAACCGCAAAGCAGUCUGCAGCUUUCGAUACUUGCAUUAUGCUUCGAAGACACAAACUUAUUGAUGAACAUUUCAACUCAAUAUACCACAAGCGAUUACCUGCAAUGAGAAAUGCGAAGUUGGCAAUCACGUCCAAGCACACAAACCAAUAUGCCAUGCUGUCAAAACCUUCGCUUUGGACGCAGAAAGGAACCAUACCGGAUCAGCUUUACGCCACGGUCCUGACCUUAGCCCCUUCAAAGACUCUUUCCAAAGAGCAUGCGGGUAUUGUGUUUCUGACCCGGCAGAGAAUGCCGAAGUGUCCUUCCUUCUCGAUCUUUCUAGACGAGGAUAUUGAAACUAUAGUCUAUUUCGCGCCCCAGCAAGCCGUGCCUGUUUCUCUUGAAGAUGUGGAGUUGUUAACAACAUUUACACUUCGUGUUUUCCAAGACGUGUUUCACAAAGUAUAUGCACGAGAGACAGAGAAGCUUCCGUACUGGCUUGCUCCAGCAAAAGACGUGGCAGGGAGUGUUGGUGAUCUGAACCCAAUUGAUUGGGAUGCAUUAUCUUUCGUAAGUGAAAACGAGGAGAUUUUGCUUCCUGAGAACCCCGACCCGAAGCUCUUGCUCAAUCGCUUCGUGUAUGAUAAAUGGGAUGGGCGAUAUAGAUACUUCAGUUUAGCCAUUGAGGAGACAUUGUCUCCAUCGAGUCCGCCACCAACCUUCGUGCCACGCCGCAGAAACAUGAAAAGUAUCAUGGACUAUACACUGAGCCUCUCAAAGAACUCACGAGCUUUAUUCCUUUCUAAGUGUAAGUGGGAUCAACCCGUCGUGAGAGCAGAGUUGGUACGUCUCCGGCGAAACCUCUUGGACAAAAUUACAGAAAAAGAGAGGGAUAUCGAAAUUCGAUGUGUCAUCUGCAUUGAACCGUUGAAGAUCUCCGCGAUUUCGGCACCAACCGCUGCCUCCUGUCUGGCUUUCCCUGCAAUUGUAAGCAGGAUGGAGGCAUGUUUAGUUGCUCUCGAGGCCUGCGAGAAGCUAGAGCUGGUUGUAGACCCAGGGCUAGCUCUGGAAGCGUUCACCAAGGACUCUGACAACACGGAGGAACAUCGAGCCCGGCAGAUUCAUGUCCAAAGAGGUAUGGGAAAGAACUACGAGCGCCUCGAAUUCCUGGGCGACUGUUUUCUUAAGAUGGCUACCUCCAUAUCACUAUUCACACAGAAUCCUGACGACGACGAGUAUGACUAUCACGUGAAUCGUAUGUGCCUUGUAUGCAACAAAAAUCUUUUUAAUUCGGCGAAGAAACUGGAACUCUACCAGUACAUCCGCAGCCGAGGAUUUUCAAGGUAUUUAACUAAAUCUUGAUCAAGAGAGUGAAGCUGAUGGUUGAUUCCCAAGGCACACAUGGUACCCUGAUGGCCUCAGCCUUCUACAAGGUAAAGAUCACAGCAGAAAGGUCUCUUCCGAGAGCAAGCAUGCACUUGGGGAGAAGACAAUUGCAGAUGUUUGCGAGGCGGUUAUCGGCGCUUCAUUGCUCUCCGGUGGCUACGAGCAUCGAUUUGAUGUCGCCGUGAAAGCAGUGAGCGCCUUGGUCGAUAGUGUAGACCACAGACAAUCAUGCUGGAAAGAUUACGUCGCGUCAUACACUAUUCCCCGAUAUCAAGCCCAACAACCCGAUGGAUUCGAACUUGAUCUCAGCCAGAGGAUACAGAAGAAACUGGGCUAUAGCUUUGAGUAUCCACGACUCUUGCAUUCGGCCUUUACUCAUCCGUCCUACCCUUCAGCGUGGGCCAAAGUACCUUGUUACCAAAGACUUGAAUUCUUAGGCGACUCACUGCUGGAUAUGGUGUGUGUGGAGGACAUAUUUC